UUGAGACAGCUGAAGGCCAGUUAGAAGCAGAAGAGGGGCAAACCUUGCAGCAGGAUGGAAAUGACCAAGCUGCAAAUGAUGGUGAACCAAAUGUGUCUCCUAUUCCGCAGGAUGAGCUUGGACCUGAGCCUGUUGAUAUUGACUCGCAGCCAGACAGCCAUUUUCUUACAUCCUCAGUAGACCAGUUAGAGGAUGUGGAUGGAAUGGAGGCAAAAGAGGGAGAAAUGGAACAGCAGGAUGAAAAUGACCAAACUGCAAAUGUGUCCCCUUUUCCUCAGGAUCAGCCUGGAUUUGAGCCAGUUGAUGUGGGCUCACAGCCAGACAGCAGUGGUGCUGCAGACCCUGUUGUGAACACACUUUCUGAGCAGGAACAUCUUCCUCCCCAGCUAAUGAAUACAAUCGAGGAAAAGGAGGAUGGGGAGACAUUUACAGAUGAGGACGAGGAGGAAUUUCUUGUUCUUGACGCUGAACAUCCUUUGGUGGCAAAGAAACAAGCAGCACUGAAGAUUCAACUCGACAAAGAACUUGAAAGGCUUACCAUGCAACUAAGACAAGAAGUGGGCUUGGAGAGGAUAGAAGCAGGCCAAACAGAGGACUUAUAUGUACAGGUGUUCAGGGAACAGGAAAGGCUAAAAGGACUCCAGGCUCGACUAGAUGACCAACAAAAGUCUAAGCUCUUGGGCGAAGAAAAACAAAGACUAGCACAAGAGGAACUGAAGGCAAUGAGGGCUCGCAAUUCCAACAUUAAGGACAAGAGCGCCAAGACCAGGGCCAAUGCAUCCAAGCUGCAGACCGAAUUAGAAAAACAUAAUUUGCAUGUUACAUUCACACAAGAAAUCAGUGAAGAUCUGCAAGCUAAUGUAAAAGCAACAAAGAAUAUGACAAAAAAAGUCGCAACGGACAAAUCAAAAGUUGAAGACCAGAAACUCAAGCAGGAUUUGUAUGUGGAGCGCCUCACAUCGGAAUUGGACAAACUGAAACAACAGAUGGACCUAUAUGAGGUCCAAACCUAUGCCCAGGCAGAGACAACACAAGCAACCAAAGAGGCUCUUUCUGAGGCUGAAAUGCAAAUGGAUUCUCUGGCGAUGGCACAAAAACAGUUGCUGCAGCAGUGGAACAGCAGCCUGCUUAAUAUGAGGAAGCAAGAGGAGGAAUUUGGGGCAUUGCAGCAGGCUAUAAACAUCGCUGAGCAUCAAGUGAUCGUGAUGGACAGAGAGAUUGAUGGCAACAACAAAUAUCUCUCUGAACUGCAAGAGAAAAGUGAGACUUUGACCAUGUUGCUGAACUGCGCGCAGAUGGACUGCGAUGUGACAAAAAAGAUGAUUGCUCAGAAGCAGGCACAGCAUGAAGCUCUGCAGGAGCAAUACAGCAUCUUCCUUCGUGCUUUGGGGCAGACGGAGCGGACACUCGAAGAACUCACUGAGACGGAUAACGGCCUUCAGGAUGAUGCGACUGAUCAGAGACGAAAGCUGGAGAAAAGUAAAAACAGGCACCUGGAGAUCGAGAAUUCAAUCAUGACUCAAAUGCUGCAGAAGCUCAUGGACAACAAGGCGGCUCAGUAUUACCAGCGACUCACUAACAAAAAAGCCGCGCUCAAGAAAGAGAAGGUCUUCCAGCUGUGGCAGCUGGAGAGUUCCGUAAUGGCGGCUGCCCUGGAGAGCAAUGUGAUCAACGAGAAACUGGAAAAUUUGGCCCGAACGCAGAAGGAGCUUGAUGAGGAAAUAAGAAAGUACAACAAGGUGGUCGCAUCAAACGAGACUAACAGUUCAUCGAUUGAUGCACUCAUCGGACAGAAGCAGACCACCAUUGCAAACAUCAACAAGAAAAUUGAGCUCAUUGCAGCUCGAACUGGGCAUGAAGACCUCAGUCCGCUGCAAAUCAAGGUAGAAGCGAUAAAGAAUCAGAUUGAGGCAUUAGCACAGAAAAUGAAGAAUGAUCAGCACAUGUGGCUAAAGCAUCAAGGAACACUUAUAGGAAUAACCCUGGAGAUUCAGUCACACAACAAGGAAUAUAACACACUGCAGGCAAAGUACACUGUGAUCUGUCAGAAGAAGCUUUACCUGGAACGCCAGCUUGAAGUCUUGCACCGUGAGGAAAAUGAGGUGGAGAAGAGCAAAAAGAUGCUGCAAAGAGAUUUGCUAAAGCUCAAUACUCUUCUGAGCAAGAACUCACAGCUGCGCCUUGCUUUGGAGCAGGAGAAUUCUGUGAUGGAGACAGAAUUCCUUCACAAACUCAGAGAGGCGGAACGGCAGUCUAUAGAGAUGGAGGCCAAACUGGAGAAAACCCAGGAGGAAAAAGAGAGAAUUAUCAGCAGUCUGGUGGAAGCUGAGCGUCAGAUUAUGCUGUGGGAAAAGAAGACGCAUGUUAUGAAAGAGACACGUUUAGUUGUACAAGAGGGUCAAGAAGAAGUCCAAAUAAUGAGGGAUGAUGUUCACCGUAUGGAGCGUUGGCUCAGUUUGCUGAUGAAGCAGCGUGAGCAGCUACUACGAGACAGUGUAGCAGUUGUGGAAAGGAGGGGUUACAUCAUUGAGCGCAACGAGGUCAUGGCCCGUAGUACUCAAAAGCCCACCGUUAAGGGUGAGCUCAAUCUGAUGAAUGAUGGCUUGCGGCGAAAGAUCAAAGAUUCAAACAAGUUGGUGAAAGAGUAUGACCAGGAGAUUAGAGAGCUUCAAGAGGGUCAGGAUGAAUUUCAGAACAAGGCCAAGAAAAUUCAGGAGAUAAUUGAUGGCACUCCAUCAACCACUACUUCACUUGAAGCUGCUCUGCAGGGUGAGACAGAGCGAUUACAUAUGAUCAACAAUAUAAUCCACCGUGUCUGGGUGGAAAUGCCCAAGUACCAGGGAGCACUCUGGAAAGUGCUGCGGUCACUGUCAGAAUUUACAGACCUUGAAGAAGGAGGCAUCAACAGAGUGGAAUAAAAUAAACAACAGUACUACAGGAGAAUGAGGGGUUGAUGAAUAUAUCAAACUAUUGUAAACCAAUAAUAAAA